GUGCUGGUUUAAUGGUUUAUGGGUGUGCAGGGUAGAGCCGGCAGUGAAGAAUCUGGAGGAGCACUUCACCCAAGUGGCUGAGACCAUCACCUCUAGUGUGGUGGACCUUAAGACCAAUGUGGAGGACCUUAAGACCAGUGUGAUGGAUCUUAAGACCAAUGUAGCGGACCUUAAGACUGGUGUGGCAGAGCUGAAGCACAUUCAGCAGGAGCACCCCAACCCGCCUGGUAUGGACCUCGACCUCGCAUACCAACCUAGUUUUGACCAGGUGGAGACAUCCAUCAAGGAGCUGUCCGGGAAGCUGUCCACCUUCACUAAGGAAGUCACUGCACACUUCUCCCAGGCAAUACAAGAGAUGGGUCAAGUGGGCGGUGUGGCGUCGUCGACCAUCAGCACCAACACUAGGCUCAUCAGUCCUGUUCACGGGGUCUUCUCCAACCAUCGACCCAUCUUUCCUCUGGCCGAGUGUGGUCACAGACGUCAAGUAUCGCCGGUGGCGCACGUGUCUCCAGUACCCCAAGUCUCGCCACAGGUGUCCAUGGCUCCACCUGCCUCCCAUCUAACUCCCAUUCACCAGCCUCACUCACACACAACAUUCAAACCCACACCACAUCUUCCACCCCCAGCAAACCCCACGCCAACACCAAUCUCUAAUCCUGGUAUUUCACCAUCCCGAAACCCCAGUGAAACACUACACUAUCGACCAGGUUUUGAACAACCCUCAGAAUUAUGUGCAGCACCACAAACAAACCUAGGUGUUGCACAGCCAUCACAUCUUAGGUUAAAAGCACACUGCAGACCAGAUGUUGCUGUACCAGCCAAAGCUGUGCCAAGUGUUACCCCACCACAGGACUCUGUAGCAACAUCCCAUUCCACAACAGCCCCAGCGAGCAGUGUUGUCUUCAAAGAGGCAACCCAAGGUCGACCAUCAGUGAAUACACAUAAGGAUCGUAUUCUUCAUCCCAAGAAUAAUAAUAUAGCAACAAUUUGCCCCGAGAAGGUGGUGUCACCCGAGGAGGAUGAUGAUGCAAUGGACGACGAGUCACAGAGUCUGGGUUGCAUGUCAUCCUGGCCCCAGCAAGCUGGUACGCAACGAUUCACACCUCCAAAAAUAUAUACUCUCAUUGAACUCACUUCAGAUUCAGACCAGGAAGCCUUGGUGUUGGACUGUGAUAGUAGCAGCAACUCUGAUGGCUCUCCCAUGGUACUCACCAGAGUCAUUGAUAGACUUCCUGCCCCACCCACCAAGACCGCUGGAAUUGCUAUUCCACCCACCAAGACUGCUGGACUCCCUGCCCUACCCAACAACACAGAUGAUUGGGUGGAGAGCACUCUAGGACUUAAGAACAGUACCAAAACCAACAUGAAAUUGGAGAAAUGUGGAAACCACUUUUCUGCCUCUGGCCCUAUCCAUCAAAUAGGUAUGGCAAUUAUGAAGAAGGAAAUAGUUACUCCAAAUGUAAGGAAGACACCCUCUAUGGUGGUGGGUGGUCCAGACAGAAGCAACACUGUGAGGAGCUGUGAAGUAGUGAAUGGUAGUGGAGCUGCUGCUGGCACAGUGUGGGGAAGCAGGCCAGGUGGUGGGGCAAGUGAGGCCACCAUCUGGAGGAAAGAGGAAGUUGCCAGAUUCUUGGCCUUGGGACUGUUGUAACGUAGGAAUGCAGGACAGUGUGUGUAAUAGAAAGAAUAAGGGAUUAAAUGUUGAGCGUGCUCCAAGAAGCAGAUUCACUAAUGAGAUUCGUACUCGUCGCUGUCUCACACCUAUCAAACAUGGAAUUAAACUCA